CUUGGAGCACGUCGCAGAAAUUAAAAUGAUCCGCUAUAUAUUGCUCCUGUUACUACAUUAUUUAUUGUGGUUUCCCAUUAAGAACGUUUGUGGUGAAAGGCUAGAUUCAAGCAUGAUUUAUGACUAUAAUUGUGAUGUGCAAAUAGAUGUCGUUAAAACGUUCAUUCAGAAAUUGGAAGCUGUGGAAAAGCGGGAAGAUGACAUUUUGGCACAAAUAUCUCUAAUUGAAACCAAACUGCAAUCGGUUGAGGAACAGCUGAGUGUUCGAAAGUCGGUGCCUUCAAGUUGUUUGGAGGCAGCAGCUGAGAGCUUCAAAAGUGGUGUUUACAAUAUAACAUUGGAGAAGUUUAGUGGCACACCGUUUGCCGUAUACUGUAACGAAGAGGUGGACUAUGGUGGUUGGUUGGUUAUACAACGGCGUGUCAGUGAUGCCGUGGACUUUGAUAGAGAUUGGCAGCAGUAUAAGGACGGUUUCGGGGUGCUGGAUGAAAAUUAUUGGAUUGGUUUGGAAAAACUACAUGCGUUUACCAGUAGUUGUCAGCAUGAGCUCUAUAUUGAAUUGCAGAAAUAUAGUGGUGAAAGUUAUUAUGCGCGCUACACGGAAUUUAUAGUCGGCAGUGAAUCGGAGAGCUAUCCUCUUAAAAUAUUGGGUACUUAUGCAGGCACUGCUGGUGAUAGCUUGAAAUAUCACCUGGGUAUGAAAUUCACCACUCGUGAUCAGGAUAAUGACCUCCGUGCCCUUAAAAAUUGUGCUUUUCUUUUCAAAGGCGCCUGGUGGUUUAAAGACUGUUAUAAUAGUCAUCUUAAUGGACCAUAUGGACAAAGGAAAAGAGGCAUCAAUUGGAACAACAUACAUCAGAAUGAAUCUUUGAAAUCAGCACAAAUGAUGAUACGCCCCACAGAGAAGUGCCUAAGGCGCAUGUCACUGAAGAUCAAAUGAUUUCAUAAUUUUUUGGAAACGGUUUUAAUUUUUAUUAAUUAAAUAUAUUAUUAAUGUCUU